AUGACCAAUGGCCUCUGUUAUGUCCAGGCCAACCGGGGCUUCGUUCUGACUAGAGGAAGUUGUACAGAUCGAAGCUGGGGUCCAAAUUGCGCUCAGGAAUGUCACGGGUCAAAUGACAAUGCAGACAACGGAAUCAACAUUGUGCCCAUCGACAUGUCCGUUCCAAACGCCACCCAGUACUGCUGCGGUGGCCUCGUGGAUAACAACGGGUCAUUUACCUGCGCAGACGGUUCACCCUCGUUUACCAUACCUCCUGGAAGAGCCAUCGUUGGUCGAGCAGGCCUGAGCAACGCCACUUAUAUCAGCGAUAUCCCUUCUUUAAGGAACUCCUCUUCCACAAAUUCCUCGUCCAGGUUGAGCCCAAGCACACGUCCCGAUGUGGGGACCACUUCUGCAAGCUGUCCCAGUCCCAAUAGCAAAGAAACGACAGUGGGCGCAGCCGUCGGGGCUACUCUCGGUGCACUCUUGCUCGCUGCCAUCGGGUGGGCACUCUAUGAGCGCCGAUUGCGCAAUAACUGCAUCAACGCAUAUGCUACUAACAUGUCAAUACAGCCUAUCACUGAAUCUGUCAUUAAGAAACACCAGCAGCUCGGGCCUGCCGAGCUAGAACACGGCCCUGCCGAGCUGCAGGCCUCUGUUCAUAACAACACCUCGGAAAUGGCAGUGGAGUCCAGUCAUAGCAGUCAAAGCUAUUACAGUCGAACCGCGGCCUCUUAA